AUGAACAAUACUCAAAGCUUGAGAAGUAAACGUAAAUUGAAAAGGCAUAAGUAUGUAACAAAUCCAUUUUCCCUUUGUACAUCUUUCACUGCUUGCAUGGAGACUCUUCCUGAAAUUCUAGUGCUCGAAAUACUGAGUCGCGUCGACGACUCGGCGGCCGUAGCUUGCUGCCGAGCUGCGUGGAAGACUUUCAAUACUCUCUCUCCAGGUCUUCAUUCAAUCAAUCUUCAAUGGCCAUUGUCAAGUUACAUCGAAUCGAGGUCUAGGGUUUCAAAUGCUUCAAGUUCUUCCCAAAUCACUUCCCCACUCAAGACGAUUUUCCUCAAUCUUCUAUCGAACUUGAUAGUUGUUGAAUCGGUGCGUAUCGGCGUCAAGAACCUGCCCCGAGAUCUGUUGCACGUUGACGUUGAAGAUAAGGCAAAUGAUCUGCACCUCACCGAUGAGGAUUUCAUUAUGGAGUGGCUGCCUCGGGUUUCCCGAUCGUUGAAAUCCCUUUCAAUUUCUGAUUUUUGGGCUCAGUCAUGUCACCGUCGAUCGAAUGUUUUGUCUCUGGUGUCUGCUUACUGUCACAAUCUUGUUGAAUUAGAGUUGAAGAAUGCAUGGAUUUCUGUGGACAAUCUGAAUCAGAUGUUAAUGGUAACAAGUUUAACACUCGAAUCCAUGCGAUUAACUGAUAAGGAAUUAACCCAGUUGAAUCAGUCCUUCCCUAAUCUUCAAGUUCUUAACUUGAUAGAUGUUAGAGGACUUAAACUACCCAAAAUCUAUCUUCGCCACCUAAAAACAUGUCACUGGACUAUAACUGAUGCUCCACCAUUUCUAAAUGUAAUCGCACCCAACCUUAUCACACUCAGAAUCGAGUGUAAAAAGCCUGCUGCAGUUCGUGUUGAAGCUCCAUCGUUAACUCACUUCCGUCUUUCCAUUCCUCAUGCGGACCCACUUUUAGUCAAAAGGUAUGGGACUAUAAAAACAGUUUGGAUUGAGGCUUCACUCAUUUACCCCUUACUUGCUCACUUUCGAUAUACAGAUUCCCUAGAUCAUCUAACUUUGGAUUCACUAGGUUUGAUUAAAGGGCCUUUUGGAAUAUUCAAAUUUACCCUACAGAAUUUGUUCAAUAUUUUCCCCAACAUGACUUCUUUAUGUUUUCGGCCAAGGGCAUGGUCGGCAUUUGAGGUGAGGGGUAGCAUAUUUGGGAUUGGGAUGGAAGGAUUGAAAACUUUUUGUGGGUAUCUAAUGAUAGUUAACCUUUCGUUGACCUUAUCUUGGGUUGCUUGUGUGUUGGAUCAAUGCUAUAACUUGGUAGAUGUCUCUUUACUUAUCCACCGUAAUGUUUCUUCUAAUGUAUCGAAAGAUUUUAUGCGGACAUGCAUGCUGAGGUGGCCUAAACUAAAUUGGAGAUGGGGAACAUGGGAGGAAGGAAAGGAAGAUUGUUGGAUAAGUGAUGAAGAUUUAAUGCAAAUGUCAUCUGACAUGAAGCCUGAGUUUCGAUGUGUAAAGAAACAAAGAAGUUGAGAAGAUGUGGAGAAAGGUAUUUUGAAACAAAGAAGUUGAGAAGAUGUGGAGAAAGGUAUUU